AUGAGCGUCCAGGCCUCCUCGCCCAAAGUCACUGGUGAGGGUCACACCGCUGGAGGCUCAGCGGCUGCCCCUAGCGCCCGGCCACAGGCUAAAGCCCCGAACUUUGCUCUGGCUUGGCAGUUCGUCUCCAACUUGCCAGGUGCACCACCAGGUGCCCCAGCGCCAGUCUACCGUGCAGCAAAUUCGCCGAAUUUGCCACGGGCAGGUUCACCACCGAUGAAUUCGGGUGUGCGUUCACCCCGAGCCGUGUCGCCGCCAAUGAGCAAGUCAUUGUGUUCACCAGGUAUCGGCCGGCUAGGAGGGGCUGCGCCACCCAGCAACCGCAUGCAAUUGGCGAAAGCGCCCAUGAAUUGGAGGGCUGGCCCGCCAGGUGGGUCACCCUCCGGCCCUGGUGGCCUUGGCCCCGUGUCCGCAGCGGAGUGGAGUUCCUCCCCGCGUGCGCAUUCACCACUGGUGGUGAGGAUUCCAAGUCCACAUGCAAAGGAGCACCACGUGCUCAAUCCCACACCACGGAUGGUGAUGACCAAACAUCCCUCGCAAUCCCAGAUCGGACCACACCGGGAACAGGUCCGGUGGUCUCACGUGGGACGGCAGCUCUCUCCUCGAACGCAGCCAGUUCGACAAGGCUCGCCUCCAGGUGUGCUGAGCCGGGCAUCACCACAGCAAGGUGCACAGGCUCCGCCCCCCCUCCGACAUGUAUGA